AUGUACUACUUCAUUAUUAGUAUUUACAAUAGAAAAUAUGAAUUUAUCUUGAAGACUAUGGCUAUCUUAACUUCUAAAAAGUAAUUCAAUGGAUUAGAUAAAGAAGAUAUUUAAGCUUGUGCUUUUUAUUUUGACUUUUUUAUUGAGUAGUUCAUGGAAAUUUGUACUACAAGCUUAUUUAAUGAGAAUUCAAAGUUCAAAGUAUUUUAAUUUUUAAGAUCUCAUAUUGAAAAUUGUGAACAUUAGAGUUGUCACUGUAAAGAAAGAUAUUUUUAGAAGUUAAUUGAAGUAGAUAACGAUAGAACUAAACAAAGCAUUAAAAAAAAGAGAAUUUAUGAAGAUUUUGACUUCAAUGAGUUAUCAAAGUUUAUUGAGAGUAUAUUCAAGAUAUUUAUUAAUACAAAUUAAACUAUUGAUUCUCUAACUAGAGAGCAUCUAACACUAAAAUACAUUUCUUAUAUUAAUAAGUACUUAAAUAAUCCUAAAAAAUCUUAUUUUGAGUUGAAAAUUCUUAAAAAAUCAGAAAAAAAUAAAAACUCUCAGAAUACUAAUUCAUUUUACUUUUCACUAAUAGAAAAAAUUUUCUCAAAUUAACUUUUUGAAAAACUAUAAAAUCAAUUCUAUUAAAUUCAAAAGCAAACCAAACAUUACAACUAAGCAGAAGAAGCUAUAAAAAAAUAAAGAAAGACAAAUUUUGAUAUUGGAAUAAGUGCUAACUUUAUUAUAAAAUUAGAUCCUAAAAUAGUAUAUACUGUUGAUGAAAUAGUAAACUCGAUUUUGCCUAAAAUUUUAGAUGUGGCUGAGAACAAAUAUAAAUUUUGGAGAAAUUUCACAGAAAUAGGAUUUAAAAAACUAGAAUCAAUGAGAUAGGAUUUACUAAAAACAAUAAAUUUGCUUGAUAAGAAUUAAAAUUACAUUGAUUAGUAAUUAGAAAAGCUUCAUAGUGGAUAUAUGUGGACACAAAGCAUAAACUUUUUAAGACUGAUGCAGUUAAUUGAUAUAAUUCUACAUAACAACAUAACUCUUGCAUAAAAAAGGUAAACUUAAAUUCUUGAAAUUUAAAGCAAAGAGUUAGCAAAAGGAAAUGAAAGCCAUGAAAACAAAAAAGGAGAAGCAAACAUUGAUUUUUAAUCAAAUAUUAAGCAACUUAACAAUGAAUUAAUAUGUAUUGUUACAAGUAUUUCUUAAGAAAAUAUAGGCAAAUUAUUGUUGAAAAGUGAAUCAUUACAUAAAUUUUUUGGUUUUAAAUCCAAACAAGAUUUUGCUUUAAUAGAUAACAUCAAAUAAUUAAUGCCAAAUUUUAUUGCUUGCCAGCAUGAUUAUUUUGUAUAAAAAUUUUUUGAAUACGAAGAAGCAUAUUCUGGUAUACCUAAGUAAUAAGCCUAGAAAGCAAAUUUAUAGCCAGGUAUUAAUUUGAUAAAUGGAAAAACAAGAACCUUUGUUUAAAAUUACAAAGGAUUUAUAUUUCCUGUUUAAAUUUAAAUUGAUAUUCCAUUAACCUUAAAUUAGAAUUAGUUUAUUUUUAUUUCAACUCUAUUAAAACUGUAAAGCAAGCAGGAAUAUGUUUUGUUUAACUAGGAAGGUUAAAUAUUAGGUUUAUCUGAAACUAUUUUAAAUUUAUUGUUUAGAUAAGCAAAAAAAGUACCUAAUUGUAUGCAGGCAUUGUCUUAGUUAAAUUUUCAUUCAAUUUUUUAUGGCUUAAUUAGUGCAUUGAGUGAAAAGAAAGAUUUCAUUUAGAAGUUUAUUUAGUCACCAAUAAGUACUUUCUAUAAUAGAUAAGAUAUAUCAGAUUAAGAUACUGUUGGUGAGAUUCUUUUAGAAGAAAAUUCAAAAGCUUCAAUUGAAUUAUUUGCUGAUCCACUUUCUGUUCAUAAUUAACUUGACUAAUUCCUAAAAAGGCAAGUGUACUUAAAAAAAUCUCUAAAUAAUAUCCAAAAAAAUAAUGUAGAAUCUUCUCCUUUUUCAAAAGAUAGCAGUUAGUUUGUUGAGAGCAAUAAAAAUCUCUAGACUAACUCUCGUUAAAAAAUGUUUAGAUCUAUUAAGACUUUUAUUAACCAUAAAGAAAAUAUCCAAGCUUAAUUUAAAUACGAUUUACUAGAUUAAAAUAUUCAAGUAAGUGUAAAUGAGUUUUUUAGCAAACGAUUUUAGUCCCUAUAAAGUCUAAAAUCAACAUAUUUUAAGCAAUAUGCUGAUACUUCAAGUAAAGGUACAAGGAAUUCUAUUCAGACUAAUACCUUCAGACCUAAGAAUUAAGAGAUUAAAUUUUUAUAAUUUGAGUACAAUCUAUAUCAGUGUUGUUUUCCUAUUUAUCUAAAUUAACUCUUCUCAAAAACAAACAACCAAGUCAGUGAAAAUUUUCAAAAAUCCUUUUAUUUUAAGUUAUGCAUUAAAAAAAUACAAGUAGUUGCUAAGGAAUAAAUAGAUCGAUAAUUAUAAACUUCAAAUUCUUUAGCAAAAUCGACGUAUCUACAAAGCUUCAACAAUUAUAUGUCAGUUGAAUACUCUAGAACUGGAUUUGAUUCAUAUAAAACUGUUAAGUCUAUAGGCUAAAAAUAAUAAAACUAUAAGUUAGGAAGAACAACUGAAACUUCAAUGCUUGAUUCUUAAAAUUCUAAAGCAAGUUUUACUACAGACAAUGACUAUAAUAUGCAAAAAAGUUUUACCAAUAAUUAAUCACCUUACUAUGCAUAAGAUAAAAGUCCAUCAAAGAAUUUUUAGGCUAAAAGAUUGAGUCCUGAUAACUUUAAUCAAAAUUUUUAUCUCUAAUAAGAUUAGAUUAGCAGCUUGAAACCCAUAUAGGAAGAAUAUAUUGAAUCUUAUUAAGGUCUAUUUCCAACAGAAAGUGAUAAAUAAAUUUGUAGCGACCAAUUAAAAAAACGUUUUGAUUAGCAUGAUCAAAUGAAUCUAGAAAAAAGCACAAGAAAGAAUUAAAAGUAACAAAUACUGAAAUAAAAUAGUACAUUAAAUUUUAAAUCAGGUAGCCUUUAAAAUAUAAAACCUCCUAAUAACGAAGUUAAAUCUGCUAUAGAUUCAUUUUAAUUGGUAUAAGCUAGAGUAGAUAAUCCCUCAAACAUUCAGAAUAACACAGAUGAUAUUGAUUCAAAUAAUUUAAAUAAAAAUGUGGAAAAUGAUAUAGAAUCUAAAUUUAAUAUUCAAUCUAAUUUCUAAAAUGAUAUUAGAAAAAUUGAUUCAGAAGAUCAUGUGGCAAGGGAUAGCUUUUAAAAAGAAUCAUUAUUAGACGGUGAAGAAAAUAAUAAUAGCAUGGUUUCAAUUAAAUAAGAAUAAAGCUACAAAAGCAAUCAUAAUAUCCAUGAUAGAGGAUAAAAGUAGCUUUUUAAAUCAUUAUAUACAGUAGUAGCUGCAGACUUAGUAUCUAUAGACAACUAAAGAGAAAGAGUAGAUGAAUAAGAUGAAAAUGAAGAAGAAGAAGAAGAACUAGACGAAGAAUAAAAGAUAACAGCUUCAUUAAAUUCAUCAAAAAGUAGUAAUUAAUCUGAAAAAGAAGAUUAAGCAGACAUUGGUGAUUUUAAAAAUGAAAAAUAAAUUGAAAAAAGCUCUAAAAAGCUUAAAAUAAAAACCAUUUUCAAAAAAAUGUAAAAAUUUGGCAAACAUUCAGUAAAAAUAAAAUCAACUCAUCAUGAAAUAAAAUUAAAUAAAAAUUUGAAUCAUAGAAAUUCCAAUACUAACUCUGGGAUUAUCUACAUUAAAGAUUUGCUAAGUAACACAAAGAUGCCAAAGAUAGUUAAUUAGUACUUCACCCAGUUCAUUUUGCUUUUUCUUUUUCUAUUCAUAUCAAUUUUUACAUCUGAAAAUAUUAUCACUACAGAUAUAACAUAAUUAGAAAACUAGCUUUAAAUUUUAAAUUUGCCUAGAUAAUUUAAUGAAAACUAUAAUAUGCUAUUAUACUCUUACUAUUUAAAUUUGUAGUUAACUAUGGGUGUGAUAGAUGCAAAUAAUAUUGAAUAUCCAAUAUAAAAUCUUAUUGAGAGUUAUCUCAAAACAGGUCUUUCAGCUUAUAGCUCACUAAUGCUAAAUAAUUAGAAUUUUAUUAUAAAUAUCAUUUAAGAAUUUUAAAAUUCAGAAUAAAUUAAUUAAACUUUGAUAUAUGACUUUUACUCAGCUAAUUUGUAGACAGCAUUAUAAAUUAAUACAGCAUAUGCUAUUUAAAUUUCUGGAUUGUAAGCGUACUAAAUUUAAAAAAAUGAAAUAGAGUUUGCUCAAAAAAACUCUUUCCUAUAUUUUAGAAAAAAUGCUUUAUUGAAUACUAAAUUUUUAUUGAAUAUUGUUGACUGUAGUAAGAAUCUAGCCUUUUCUUUGUUUACUUCUCUAAAUCAAAAAGUAAUAUACAUAACCUUAAUUUGCAUUGUAUUUGUUGCAAUAAUUUGUUUAAUUUCUAUCCCGAUAAUAAAGUAAAACAAGAAAUACGAAUAGCUUAUUCUCUCUACUUUUUGUUAGCUGAAAAUAUAUUAGGGUAGAAAUGAGUAUGAGAGAUUACAGUAUUUUGUAAAUUAAUUUGACUAUAUCAAAAAUUCUGUUAAAAACCUAGAUGAAUUUUAAGAAAACCUGUUAAUAUUAUACAAUAAUACAGAUUUGUCCUUUCAAAAAAUGCAUGAUAAAAAACACACUGAGAAUUAAUAAGAAUAAAAUUAUAAUAAUUAAUUAUUUAAUAUUAUCAACAGUAAGAUUAAGUAAGAGAGAUAAAAAUCUUAAAUUAAUUAAGAAGGUGAAGGUUUUGAUUAAAAUAAGCAAAUUACAUAAGAUAAUUAUCCCUUUAACAGAAGCAAAACUAAUAGUAAAACCCUAGAUGUAAAUUAAUAAAAAAGUAGAAAUAAUGAAAAUGAAAAAGAUGCUUCAAAUAAUAGUUUAUCUAAAGAAUAUUACAACAAUCACUUAAAUCUUUCCUAAUCAUCAUUUGCUAAAAAUUUUCUAGGAAAAAGUCUCCAAAAAGAUGUAAUUUUAUAAAAUCAAUCUUAAGAAUAGUUUAAAUUAAAUCACAGUUUCAACAAUUCUAACAUGUCUUUUGGAAUAAAUUAACAAAAAAAAAACUUCAUCAAAUAAGAUGAUGAGACAACAAAUAUAAAAUCUGCUGACAAAUAAAAUAAUUGCAAAUAAUUGAACUCAAGAAGAGUGAAUUAAAAUGAAACGAAAAUAUUAGGUCAAUAAAAAAAAAAUUUAAAAUAAGACUUUCUCUUGUAGAGACAAAUUGAUGAUUACUAUUUACCAAUAAUUAAGCAGCUAAUAUUGCUGUUUAUAAUUUUCUUUUUAAUAGGAUUAUUUUAUGUAGUCCUAACAAUUAUGGUUUUGUAAUAGAAUUCUGGUAUGAUAAGUCCUAUAAAUGUGAAUUAUUCAGCUAUUUAAUUACAUUUUAUUGCCGCUAAUUUAAUUGUUUUUUGUAAUUUUGUAGCCUAUGAUUAAUAUCUAAAAGACAAUAACACUUUAUUCUCUUAGAUAUAUAAUACGAUUAUAGCUGACAUACCAGAUUUAAAGGAUUAAAUUAAUUAAUAUAUUAUUUCUAUUCCGAAAUACGAAUCAUAAUUGCUUAAUUAGAUAUUGGAGCUAUCUUUUUAUAGCCAGUCAUAAAUUGACAAUUUACUCUAAAUUUUAAAGGGCAACAUUUGUCCUAUUGUAAACUCUUUAGGAAAUAUUUUAACUGCAUAAUUAGAUUGCUCAAGUAAUACAAGUACGAAUUAUUUUUAAUAAGGGACUCUAGGUGCUAUCGAAUCUAUGAAAACUCUAAUAGGAUAGUAUGAACAAACAAUAUUUAGUUAAAAUAUUCCUAAUAAAAUUGAUAUGUAUAGCUUUUUGAAUUCCUCUUUACAUACAGAAUAUUUUAUUAAAGGAUUUGAUCUUUUGAUAAAAGUGUUUAGUGAUUUAUCUUAAUAGAUAAACAAUACUAAUAUCUAGAUAAUAACUGAUUUUUCCAACUUUGUCAAGUAGUAUUUUUAUAUUUUUGGAAUAUUAUUGAUAGUUAUAAUAUUUAUAAUAAUUGUUUAAAAUAUUUACUAAAUUAAAAAUGACAUCAAUGGAUUAAGGCAAUCCCUUAAAAUAAUACCUUAAGAAUACUUCAACGAUGAUAAAAUUAUUUAGAUUUUGAAAAAAAUAAACUCACUUUGA